UCAGGCACGGUGACUGUCUCACGCUUAAAGACGACCUCGACGACGACUACUUCUGCCCCGCUUCUCACCAUCACCUUCUUCAGCCAUCGACUUGACCCUUGACCAGCAGCCCUCGACUCAACCACCAACCAUCCACGAAGGACGCAACACAAGUAAUACAAGAACUAAUUCUCCGCCAUGGCACAAAGUGCAAUGCUUGACAACCAACUGAUCCUCCAGCGCGCCACAAACUCGUGUGGCGCCUUGGACGACCUCCGCUACCGCCUUCACACCAUCCAAAAGCGACUCGCCAAAUCAAGGGAACAGAGGCCCCUCUCUGCAUCAUCCACAUCCACAGGAUCUCCAGAGGCACCUACCCGAGACGAGACGCUGGCAGAACUCCUUCAAGAGGCGUACACACUCCAGUUUCAAAUAUCAAUCCUGCUUGCUGCUACAGAAGAACCGAUCCCUGAACGCCAACGGAUAACCAAGCAAGAAAAGAAGAUAGUACCAUCAUGACCCAAUAAAACUGGAUGUUAAGAAUGAUUUAU